CGGCUCGGCUCGGCUCGGUCUGCAGCUCGGGUGGGGGUGGGCGGCUAGGGUGACAGCCGCGGUGGCAGAGGCUGCGGCGCCGGGCUUGAGCAAGCGACGAGCGCGGAGCGGGUAAGAGGAGGAAGUGGAGCGUCGGCGAGGAGCUCCAGAGUCCGCCGCCGGGCUAGGUCCGCCCAGAUUUGCAGAGCGAGCCGUGUCGGGACCUGGGCAGACUUUGCCGUGCUCCGGCCGCUGGCGCCCAGCCUGUCCUGCCCUGCCCUGCUGGUCCGAGCUCGGUGUUCCGCGCCUGGACUUUCCCAGCCCGGUGGUCCGCAGCUGCUUGACCCGGAGCUCCGAGGCGGGACGCGCCCAGCCCCAUCAUACCGACCCUUCUCCGCCCGUGUGCCCUCCGCCCCCGGGUCGGCGCAAGGUGGCCCCAGCUCCCGGACCUGAGUGUAAAGGAGCCGGGACGCCCACCGGCCUCCGGCUCCUGGAAAACCAAACCUUCAGCUGCCUUGGACCCGACUGUUCCGGACUUGAAACUGUACUGGCGCCGCCCGAGUCCAGCGCACCGUGAGGGGUCCCAAGCAGGCAGGACAGUCAGACUGAACCCCUGGGCUGGUGCUACGAGCCGAAGCUUCCACCUUCCUCCGCCCUAGGCUAAGGACUUGGGGGUGCUUGCACCAAAGAGAACACAGAAGCUUCUUCUGCCCCAGUCUCCAGCGAGCCGAGGUUGCAGCUCUGUGAUUGAAGUGACAUCACCAUCUUUGUGGACAGGACACCCCUGGAGCGCAGCCCAUAGCCACCGGACCUUCUUCCAGGUACCGACUCCCUGUUUCUGGGACAGGGUCUCUCACUUGGCCAGCAGCUCAUCAGUAGGCUAGGCUCGCUGGCCAUCGAGCACAGGGUUCUGCAGGUUUCCAGCUCCCCAGAGUUGGGAUUUGCCAGCCAGGGGCCUCCAUGGGCGCUUGAGGGCCGGGCGCCAGGGCCGCGGGCGCGAGCAUGGUGAGACACCAGCCCCUGCAGUACUACGAGCCCCAACUGUGCCUCUCCUGCCUCACGGGCAUCUACGGCUGCCGCUGGAAGCGCUACCAACGCUCGCACGAUGACACCACACCGUGGGAACGCCUGUGGUUCUUGCUCCUGGUUUGCACCUUCAGCCUCACUCUCACCUGGCUCUACUUCUGGUGGGAAGUUCACAACGACUACGAUGAGUUCAACUGGUACCUCUACAACCGCAUGGGCUACUGGAGCGACUGGUCUGUGCCCAUCCUCGUGACCACAGCUGCUGCCUUCACAUACAUCGCAGGCCUCCUGGUCCUGGCACUAUGUCACGUCGCUGUGGGGCAGCAGAUGAACCUGUACUGGCUGCACAAGAUGGUGCUGGUGGUCAUCCUGGCCUCCACCGUGGUGGCCAUGUCAGCAGUGGCCCAGCUGUGGGAAGAUGAAUGGGAAGUGCUGCUGAUCUCCCUGCAGGGCACGGCACCAUUCCUGCACAUAGGGGCCCUGGUGGCCAUCACUGCACUCUCCUGGAUCGUAGCAGGACAGUUCGCCCGUGCAGAGCGCUCCUCCUCUCAGGUCACCGUUCUUUGCUCCUUCUUUGCCGUGGUCUUCAGCCUCUACCUGCUCCCUCUCACCAUCUCGUCUCCCUGCAUCAUGGAGAAAAAGGACCUGGGCCCUAAGCCUGCCCUCAUUGGCCACCGAGGGGCCCCCAUGCUGGCUCCAGAACACACCCUGAUGUCCUUCCGGAAGGCCCUGGAGCAGAAGCUGUAUGGGUUGCAAGCAGACGUCAGCAUCAGCCUGGACGGCGUGCCCUUUCUCAUGCACGACACCACCCUGAGGCGGACCACCAACGUGGAGCAGAUGUUUCCGGAGCUCGCCCGCAGGCCUGCGGCCAUGCUCAACUGGACUGUCCUGCAGAGGCUGAAUGCUGGCCAGUGGUUCCUCAAGACUGACCCCUUCUGGACAGCCAGCUCCCUGUCACCCUCAGACGUCAGGGAGGUCCAGAACCAGUCCAUCUGCAGCCUGGCAGAGCUCCUGGAGCUAGCCAAAGGUAAUGCCACACUGCUGCUCAACCUUCGAGACCCGCCCCGUGAUCAUCCUUACCGUGGCAGCUUCCUCAACAUCACGCUGGAGGCCCUGCUGCAUUCAGGCUUCCCACAGCACCAGGUCAUGUGGCUGCCUAACAGGCAGAGGCCUUUAGUUCGGAAGAUGGCGCCUGGCUUCCAGCAAACAUCUGGGUCUAAAGAAGCCAUUGCCAGCCUACGGAAAGGUCACAUCCAGAAGCUGAACCUUCGAUACACUCAGGUGUCUCACCAGGAGCUCAGGGACUAUGCAUCCUGGAACCUGAGUGUAAACCUCUACACUGUCAACGCUCCGUGGCUCUUCUCCCUGCUGUGGUGUGCCGGGGUUCCAUCCGUCACUUCUGACAACUCCCAUACCCUUUCUCGGGUGCCUUCUCCCCUCUGGAUCAUGCCCCCAGACGAGUACUGCCUCAUGUGGGUCACUGCCGACCUGAUCUCCUUCAGCCUCAUCAUCGGCAUCUUCGUGCUCCAGAACUAUCACUUGAUCAGGUGGCGUCUGGGUGGCAUCCGGAGCUACAACCCGGAGCAGAUCAUGCUGAGCGCCGCCGUACGCCGGACCAGCCGGGACGUUAGCAUCAUGAAAGAGAAGCUCAUCUUCUCAGAGAUCAGUGAUGGCGUGGAGGUCUCUGACGAGCUCUCCGUGUGUUCAGACAGCAGUUACGACACCUAUGCCAACAGCACAGCCACUCCCGUGGGCCCUCGAGGUGGUGGUAGCCGUGCCAAGACCCUCACGGACCGGGGUGGGCAUUAGCUGAAGAUCUGUCUGCCCAGCUUGUACCUAAGGUAGCAUCCCGAAGAGCAGAGCUGGCAGGAACCAGAGCUGGCAGAAACCGCACCUGGCGUGCCCUGGGGGCUGGUUCUGCAGCCUGCUUGGAUGCUCCCAGCUCCCUGGUCAGUUCCAGCCUCUCUUGCGGGUGGCGCCCUCUCCACUGAGGCUCAGCUGGGCCUGGACUCUAGCCUCUCAGAUGCCCCUGCAGGCCUGGGGCUUUUCAUCCAGGAAGGGAGGGCCUGGUCUCCUGGUCCACUCUCAAGGCCAUCCUCAGCCUCCCAGCCUGGAAGGUUGGUGAGUCACUGGCCUGGGCCAUGUGCCCCCUGGAAGUGGAGAACGUGGAUGCUUCCCCUGCGCCCACUCCUGUCUAUUUCUCUGUCUGUGCUGUGAGAUGACUCUGUUCUCAUCCUGCCUUGAGGACGUUGGUUGGGCCUCGCCCCUGCUGGGCCUCGCCCCUGCUGGGCCUCACCCCUGCUGGCAGCUCCACUUUCUGCUCCCAUCUCAAAGCACAAGGAGGUUCAUCUCAGGAGGAAAACCAGCGGCUAUGAUGGAGACGCGUUCCUCCCAACCAGCUUCCCUCCACCACUGGCCCCUGUCCCUGAGAACUAGCUAAAGAUGGCCAGAAUCACAGGCUGCGGCUGUUCUGCCUCAUACCCAACUGUCCAAGAGGCCUCUGGGCAGAAGCAGCCUUGGAGACCAGAUAAUCAACAACAGACUGAUAGGACCUUGGGUUCCCACAGCCGUGGCCACAGGGCAGUGGGCCACCUGGGCAAAAUGCUCUGGACUCCGUCAAGCACGGGUGUCUGGCCAAAGAUGCCUGCAGGAAAGGGAACCUAAGGGCUAGGACAAUUAAAGCUGCCAUCUCAA